ACCCCAAAAAAGAACUUUUACUGAAACUGCUGGAGGACAGACGGAUUCUUCCCCUGAAACCAUGGGGCCUGUCAGCUACUCAUCAGAGACCUAUGACUUGAGCCAGGUGGAGCUGAGCGGUUACUAUGAAGCUGAGAACACCACCCCUUCUUUGGAGGGCUACUUCUGCUUCAACCCAGCCUCAUCUGUGGUUGGCAACCACAGAGACCCCUUCAGAAAGGUCUUUAUGCCCCUCAUCUACUUACUGAUGUUUGUGCUGGGGACAGUGGGCAAUGCCCUGGUCCUGGUCAUUUUAGAAAGGUUCAAGCGGUCUCGCACUACCACAGAAACCUUCCUGUUCCACCUCACCCUGGCCAACCUGGCACUGUUGCUCACCUUCCCCUUCAGCGUGGUGGAGAGCUUGGCUGGGUGGGUAUUUGGGAAGUUCCUCUGCAAGAUCCUCAGUGCUGUCCACAAGAUCAAUUUCUACUGCAGCAGCAUGCUGCUUGGGUGCAUCGCCGUGGACCGCUACCUGGCCAUCGUCUACGCAAUCCACACCUACCGCAAGCGCAGAGCCCGCUCCAUCCACCUCACCUGCACGGUUGUCUGGCUCUGCUCGCUGCUCUUGACCUUACCCGAUCUCAUCUUCAUGGAAGUCUGGACGGAUGACAGCAACCGCAGCAUCUGCUAUUUUCCAGAGGUUGGGAUCGAUGGCAACAAUGCCUGGCUGGCAACCCGCUUCCUCUACCACGCCGUGGGCUUCUUCAUGCCCCUGCUGGUCAUGGGUUACUGCUACGUGGCCAUUGUCCGGGCCCUGUGUCAGUCCCAGCGCCUGCAGAGGCAGAAGGCUGUCCGUGUGGCCAUCCUGGUCACGGGCGUCUUCCUGCUCUGCUGGAGCCCAUACCACAUUGUCAUUUUCCUGAACACACUUACCAAGCUAGAAGCCUUCACCAAGAACUGCCUCCUGGAAGACCAGCUGGAUAUGGCCAUCAUGGUGACGGAGGCCAUCGGCUUCACGCACUGCUGCCUGAACCCCAUCCUCUACGCCUUUGUUGGAGUCAAGUUCCGUAACGACUUCUUCCGGAUCCUGCAGGAGCUUGGCUGCAUAAACCAUGAGACCCUGCAGGAGAUCCUGGAGGUGACGAGGAAGGGCAGCGGCAUCGAGUCUGACAACACCACCUCUAUCUCCACUUUCUAG